AUGGCCGCUUCAUCCUAUGGACAAGGCUCGUUGCGAUAUUUUUUUUUCCAUGGAAACCAUGGAGACAUACCUAUUCCAUCCCAGAUGUCUAUCGACGCCAAAAUUGUGGUAUUUAACGGGCAAGGUCAAAUUGUAUUUGGCGACAAUUUUGAAGACAGUACAUCGCGAUUUCAGUUCAAUAAUGGAGUCUACGAUGGCAUCGAUGGCAAAAAUGGAACCUCUCUUCCAGCAAGGCCAUUGGUUGAAAAACUACUGAAAAAUGUCUCGGUACCUACACUGGUUAUAGCUGAAGUCCCUCACGCAGUUCUAGCCCUUGGAAGAGACGACCUCCGCCCCUGCACUGCUGGCGACAGAGAAUAUCUGGCUGUCAUGAUGCAGGGUUUUGUCCCUCGGGUUGUAAGUUCGUUGUCUCCAAUGGCUAGCGAGUACCUUCCAGGAGAUGCUCGUAACCUGUGCAUCGACACCGCAGAUCGCAUGGAGCUCAUUGAAGACAGCUCUGAUUUCCAGACGUUUAUUGCAAUGUACCGGGGACGUUAUGUCCAAAAGCCACUGUCGCAAAGAGCUGUGGUUGAGCUAUGUUUGCUUCAUAUUUUGAAAAUGCCCUUUGAGCUGACUUCCGCCAUCCAGAGCUCGCUGAUUCGUUACUGA